AUGGAGGCGACCAUGGUAGUAAUGGUACACGCCCUUGCCGCCAUCCUUACACUCUGGCUGAUCUCGAGGUCCCUGUGGCAUCUGGUAUGGAGGCCGUAUGCCUUCGUCGGCUGGUUUGAACGGCAGGGGAUACGAGGGCCACCUUACAGAUUCGUCCUUGGGUCUUUGUGGGAGAUGAAACAGAUGUUGAUUGCCGAGAGAGCUAUGACAGGGGAAAGCACACAAAAGAUGAUUGUGCAAUGGUGCAACCUAAUAGAAAAGGGUGACGGCCACCAAGCCAAGAUAGACAUGGGGUGCUACGCUGAAGAGUUGACUCUAGGAGUCAUCGAACGGGUGAUCUUCGGCGCGCACUACAAAGAAGCCCGGGAGGUGUUCGCCGAGGGCAAGGAGAUCAAGAAGCUCGUGGUGCAUGCGCUUGCAGAUCCUCGAAUACCCGGAUUUAGAUACCUGCCGACCCGCCGUAACUUUCAGGCAUGGAAACUUGACAGGUCGAUAACGAGCAAGAUAACACGGCUCAUAAAGGAGCGGCUUGCCAGUGGUGUCGACGGAGAUGACCUAAUCGGGUUGAUGCUGCGGGCAAACAAGUCAGAAGAAGUCGAGUCAUUGAGCAGCGAUGAUAUGAUCAGUGAGUGCAAGACCAUCUUCGCCGCAGGGCAGGACACAGGUGCCACCCUCCUCACCUGGGGGAUGUUCUUGCUCACCAUCUACCCAGAAUGGAAAGAGAGGCUCAGGGAGGAAGUGCUGAGAGAAUGCAGGGAUGAUGAUGGCGAAGCCCCCUAUAUCAAUAGCAUCAAAGUCCUUGGCAAACUCAAGCUACUUAACAUGUUCCUUCUUGAGACACUGAGGCUCUACAGUCUCCUGCCGUUCUUGCUGAGGAAGACCGCGUCUGACACAACAUUAGCAAACAUCAAAUUUCGAAAAGGAACCAUGAUAACAAUUCCGGUCAUGACGUUGCACCGGAGCAAGGAGAUUUGGGGCCUCGACGCCGACGAGUUCAACCCCAUGAGGUUUGAGAAAGGCGUCUUGGGGGCUGCCAACAACACGUAUGCAAUGUUGGCCUUCUCAUGCGGGCCACGUGGGUGCCCAGGGAGGAACUAUACCAUGAUCGAGGUGCAGACUGUGAUGACGAUGAUCCUGAGAAGAUUCUCCUUCUCCCUCUCUUCCCAGUAUGUUCACAUGCCCAGGAACUUCAUCUCACUUGCACCUAGGUAUGGCCUUCCCCUAAUCGUGAGGAAACUGAUGGAUGGAGAAAAAAAGUGA